AUGACCGAAUGUAGUGCAGCCGCUGCUUCUGGCUAUUUGUAUGGUCUUUUCGGUGAUGAAGAGAACGGCAAACCGCCUGAAGUUGGCGCAGCUCAAGAAGAAAUUGAUGGCGCAAUUAGCAUACCUCACCAUCCAACGGCAUAUCACGAAAAACCCGCGAUAAACCCUGAGGAGACUUUUGCCAGUGAAGCAGGUACAGAUCAUGCAAGGAUCGUUGAUGCACGCAAAGAAUAUGCCAAGCAUAGUUUUUCAUCACAAUGUGUCUAUGACCUGAACAGCUCUGGCUUUGUCAACGAAGCGGUUCAAUGUCGGGACAGAUGGAUCUGCCAGCGAUUCAUCUAUGGCGAAUUUAUCAAGCAGAUGCUGGAGCGACUGGAUGAGGAAUCUUCUGCAUCAGUCGAUAUUCCUCAAAUGUCACAUCAAACCGAGGAAGAGCCAAUAUUCCCACCUAUAGUUAUGGAACUUAUGAUAGAGUACAGUUCAUCUUUCCUUUUGCCACUCGACGUUUUGGAAUAUUCACCUGAUCUUGCUGUGUCGAGCUCUUCUUCCAAAGAAGGCAGACUCAAGCGAAGAAAAACAGAGUCCUCCGAAGAGGAAGACUAUUCCUCUCGUCCCACGUCACCAAUCACUAUACCACGGCCUUCCCAGCCAGCCCAAUCACCACCAUUGAUGGGAAACUCGUCAUCUCGUUCCACUUGUUCCACCACUCAUUCCAAACCAUCUCUCCCUCUUCCUUCUUCUUCCUCUUCUUCAUUUUCCAAAUCAUUAUCCGCAGCAUGUUCCUCUAAUUCAGUGACUCCAGCCAAACCAACCGUAUCCUUAUCUGCACAAGGAUCGACCCCCACAAAGGAUCCCUCCUCGCUGAGGAUACGAAAGAGUGCGAGACUCUCGUCCAGUUCAGCUGCCCAACUUUCAUCCGACCCCAGGUGUUCCUCCGCCGAUCCAACAACCACGGCCGCAUCGCAGACAUCCCAGAGUAUACCUCAGUUCAAAGAUUCCGACAUUACGCAUGACGUUCAAAAUUUCAUGUUCAAGAUUCAACUCGAUUCCAAGGGAAGCAUAGCUGCUCUAUGUUAUCUUCCUACACGGUAUAAGCGAGUGCUUGAAUUCUAUCAUACUGAAAUUCCGGUGAACUAUCGGAAUAUGGGAAUUGGUGAUUUAUUAGUACAGCACGCUUUGCAAUGGGCGGAAUCCUCUCAAGUAUUGGUAUUACCCGUGUGUCCUUUUGUGUCGCGGCACUUGCAAAUCCAUAAUCAGAGGACGCAUCCGUGGUCAUGUAUUGUCAGCAAUGAGCAGGAUAUCAUCUCCAAACAAGAACAAAGCAUUGUAGAUUAG